AAGGAAGAAGGGGGAGGAGGGGAGGGGCCUCCUCGAGCCCAGAAAAACGACAACGCGAGAAAAAUUAGUAUUUUUGCACUUCACAAAUUAAUGACCAUGAGUUCGUUUUUGAUAAACUCCAACUACAUCGAGCCCAAAUUCCCUCCUUGCGAGGAAUAUUCGCAGCUCGGCGGCGGCGGCGGCGGCAGCGGCGGCGGGAGCAGCUAUCACCACCACCACCACCAGAACCAGCCCCACCACCAGCAGCCCCAUCACCACCACCCUCAGCCGCAGCAGCACCUGCGCCAGCAGCACCACCAGGCUCACCCCGGCCAGCCUCUCCCCGAUUACUACCAGCGGCCGAGUAGGGAGCCCGGAUACCAGCCGCCAGCGCCGCCGCCGCCUCCUCCGCCUCCUCCCCCUCCCGAGGCGCUGUACCCCGCGCAGCCACCCCACCACUACCCGGAGUCGCCUUAUAGCUACAGCAGCCUCAGCGCCACUCCGGGCCAGGAGCAACCGCCUCCCGGAGCCUCGCCGCCGCCGCCUCCUCCGCCGCCCCUGCCUCCUCCUCCGCCACCGCCUGCUCCACAGACUCCCGCGCAGAAGGGCCACCAUGCCCCGAGCCAGCCCUUGCUCCAAGGCCACGUCCCGCCACCGCCUCAGCCCCACCAGCGCCAUUGCGAAGCAGCAGCGGCGACAGCGCCCGGGGGAAUCCCUGCCUGCCCGCUCUUGCCGGACAAGAGCCUGCCCGGCCUGAAAGGCAAGGAGCCGGUGGUGUACCCUUGGAUGAAGAAGGUCCACGUUAACACGGUCAACCCCAAUUACACUGGAGGGGAGCCCAAAAGGUCUCGAACUGCCUACACCAGACAGCAAGUCCUGGAGCUGGAGAAGGAGUUCCAUUUUAACCGCUACCUGACCAGGAGGCGACGCAUCGAGAUCGCGCACACACUCUGCCUCUCCGAGCGCCAGGUCAAGAUCUGGUUUCAGAACAGGAGGAUGAAGUGGAAGAAGGACCACAAGCUGCCCAACACCAAGAUGCGCUCCUCCAACCCCUCCAGUCUUAGCCAGCAAGCCAAAGCGUCAGCACAGCACCAUCAGACACCACCACCCAGGGGUAGGGCGACCCCAAACUCAGCAGCGCUCUGAUGGCCCGGCAGACGCAAGGACACCCUAACCCAUCACACGUCCCGCUCCUGCCUGAUUUAAUUUGCCAUAGGGACUAUAUUAAGGGGCAUAAAUCCAGAACAAGAACCAGUCACAGGGCACGUGUGUUAAAACCAAAAACCAAAAACAAACACCUUGGACAAAGUGUUCACCUUCUGUAAAUAUGACCUUUCCAUUCCCACCAUGUUUCGUUUUUUAAUUUAUUUAUGGAAAUACGGUCCACCUGCAGCAUCAUUAAAGAGUUGAGGAUGGAUCCUGUACCUAAGAAGGACCCUUUGUAGAUAUGUUUUAAGGUGUCAACAUAUGUUAAUAAGUGACUUUGUGACAUGUGUGUGUAAAUCAUAGACUUUGUCUUGUUUCGUGGAACAUUCGUGGACUUUCAAUUACAGACAGAAGCAAAGCCAUCUUAUGACGUGGCAGUAUUUUGGAAGUUGCAGUGGGGAAGAUGCCCAGAAACCCCAGCACCCUCCAGCCCAUACCGACCAAGAAAGUAUGUUUUCUGUGUAAUAAGAACAAAAAAAGUGUAGUUUCUGCUGUAGUCGUGAUACGUUAUCCUCCCCCGAAGGUGCAUUUAUUACUUUAAAAAAAAGAAAAAGGAAAGUACACCAAUAUUGCUAUAAAGGCUAUUUCUGUCUUCGUGUCUUGCCAUAGUCAAACGUCCGUGUGCGCAGUUUGUGAAAUCUAUGUGUACACAUUUGUGAAUGUGUGAUGUAUAUAUAAUGUCCAGUGCUGGUAAUAAAAUAAAAUAAAACAAAACCACACCUCUCUGUACAAAAAUAAAACUUGAGGCACUAGA